AUGUAAGACUUUAAUCGCAGCGAUGGAGACGAGAUAGUUUUUCACAUUACAAAAAAUGCUUAGCAAUACGAACCAAACAUUACCUUAGAUAACUCGCCUAAUGACAAACCUGUUCAAAAACCAAUUACAUUUGAAGAUAUCAAACUAGUAUCUUCUGUAUAAGUCUCCGGGGACGGGCAUUAUUAAUCUGUAAGAAUUAUAUGUUCAGGAUGUAAGAUGAAAGUAAUUUUUAAGAUAUUAUUCAGGUGAAUUCAGUCAUUACAAGGAGAAUUGGAUCGUAAACCUUUCUUGCUGGAGUCCUUCUAAUCUUUUGUUCAUUUGGAUUUAUCUGUGUUACUUGUAUACCAUGUUUAGUGGAUGAUUGUAAAGAUGUUUAACAUUCCUGUCCUAAUUGUAAAUAAUACUUAGGAAAGGCACAGUUUAACAUACUUGAUUGA